AUGUCCUCAAAGAAACGCUCUAGAUUAGCUUGUAUAGAAUGCAGGAUGACGAAGCGAAAAUGCGAAUAUAAUCCUUCAUAUAAAUGUUGCAAAAGAUGUAUGAAGUGUCAUUUAUCAUGUACUUCUCCUCCUGCAAAAAAAAAGCAAAAGCAUGAUAGUUUUUCUCUGGUUCAUGAAACUUCUGAAUCGUCCAAUAUCUCAUCAGAAUACCGAAUUUCUGGAAAGAGACUUUCUUACGAGUCGACUCAGUCAACAGAAAAGGAUAAUCCGAGAUUAUCGAAUACAUGUUCAUGUUGCCGCAGAAAUAAAAAAAAAUGCGAGUAUAAUGGAAUACCGGGAACGUUCAGAUGUGCAAGGUGUAGAGCAAAAAAAAUUCAGUGUUUAUUCCACUGUAUUGAAUGUCAUGAAGGAAGUGGCUUAGAUAAAGCUAUGCAUCCUUGCGUAAAUUGUAAAGCAACAAUGGAAGAUCCACCUGUUGAUUAUAAUUUUGUCGAAGAAAAUAAUAAAAUAUACCUGAAAUUAGAAAAUCAUGACAUUAAAAUCGAAAUUACACAAGAAAAAUUUAAGGACCUUUUAAAACUGCAAAAAUUUGAACACACUUCUCCACCGAGUCCAGAUCAUUCUUUCGUCAUUGACAACCCAUACAACAAUAACAUAUCAAGUAUUAGACCUGACAUUUGUCCCUCAGCUCCACAUCUCUCUGACGAUAGUGCAACAUCCAAUAUUUGCAUUCAACCUAUUAUUUUGCAGGGGAGUCUUUUUACUGAAUCAGACGUUUAUCAACAAACUGUUAAUGUCGAUCAAUUUCUGUUAGAUGGUGACUUAUCGUUAUAUUAUGAUUUAAUUAAUCCUAAUUAUCUUGUGUAG